UCAGAAUUAUUGCAUGUUUAGUGGUGUAUGUAUCUGUAAAUCAGCCUGGUGCAGAAGAAAAAAACGCUAAUACAGUAACGCUACCUGCUUUAAAGGGCUGUACAGCUACACUGUGUUUUCCUGAGCCUGUCUACAUGUAAAUGAGGUGCUAGUGAAGUGAACUGAUCAUGGGUAAAAGCUGUAAGGUGGUGGUGUGUGGCCUGGCGUCUGUGGGAAAGACUGCAGUUCUUGAACAGUUACUGUACGCCAAUCAUGUUGCAGGUUCAGAGCCUAUGGAGACACUGGAGGACAUUUACAUUGGCUCAGUGGAGACGGACCGCGGCACACGUGAGCAGGUGCGUUUCUAUGACACGAGAGGUCUGCGGGAUGGCAUGGAGUUCCCACGCCACUACUUCAGCUUCGCAGACGGCUUCGUGCUGGUCUACAGCGUCGACAGCAAGGAGUCCUUCAAACGUAUGGAAGUGCUGAAGAAAGAGAUUGACCGCUGUCGUGACAAAAAGGAGGUGACGAUUGUAGUGCUGGGGAAUAAGCUGGAUUUGGCAGAGCACAGGAAGGUGGACAGUGAGGCAGCGAAGCAGUGGGCACGUCAGGAGAACGUCCGGCUGUGGGAGGUUUCGGUGACGGACAGACGGACGCUCAUCGAGCCUUUCGUCUACCUGGCCAGCAAAAUGACUCAGCCACAGAGCAAGUCCACGUUUCCCCUCAGCCGCAACAAGAACAAGGGCAGCGGCUCGCUAGACAGCUAGAGACUGAAAGAGGGACAGAGGAGCAGAUAGAACACAAUGCUGGCUGUUUAUAUGCACCACUGAUCACUUCACUAUCAGUGACAUGCCCCUAGUACUGAUCACUGGCAAAUGCACUACUGUUCAAAAGUUUGGAAUCAUUUUUUUCCGCAAAAUAAAACAUCACUACAUUUUAUACUACGUGUCCAAAUGUCUGUGGACAGCCAUACUAAGAAUGCAUUCUGCUACAUCUAGUAGUCAUGCUGCAGUUGAAUUGAUUUCUUUGGACCAAAUAGACAUGAACCUGUUGGCACCAUGCCUAAUGCCAGAUUUGUUCUAGAGGGAAAUAAAGCCCUCAGUGUUGAGCUGUAAAACAGUAUUCUCUGAAAUGAUAGUUCUCUAUCCAACACUUUUGGUAUUGAAUUAGGGAUGAGGUGAAUGCAAACCAUCACAGCAAUGCUCCGAAAUCUAGUCAAAAGCUCUCGCUGUACAGUAGAGACAGUUACACCAAGAAUUGGGCCAAUUUUAGUUUUUAAUACCCUUGACAUAACAUAAAAGCUGUCUUAAUUCUUUGUUCCAUAUAUAUAAGAACAGCAUUCUGCAUCGCAGACCUAAUAGGGCCCUAUUAGUGUAAAAAUAAUUCGUAGGAAGUAAUGAAAAUGAUUCCAAAAGUUUGAACAGUGAAGUUAUCCACUGUUGCUGUCAUAGCAAAACCUCUUAAAACACCAUGACUUUUCUUUUAUCUUUUUUUUAAAACGCUAUUUGAAAACCGUCAUAGGAACCCUGAAGUAGCCAAGUAACCUUUUUUAUUUAUCCAUCCAAUGUGUGCACUGUGACAGAUCCUCUGUCAGGAAAACCCCAGAGUAUGAUGCUGCUACCACCACAAUGUUUAGCAGUUGGUGCAGUGUUCUUGGAUUUAAGCUGACUACACUGUUAAAUAAUUCUUUGCAAGUUUUAGUGUUUAUGCCUACUGAUGUUGCAAAAGAAAGGAAUUCUGAAGAGGGGCUUAGAACAUGGGUUUUAAUUUUUUUGACAUUGUGCCCCCCUCUCUUUGUUUCUAUUUUAAAGGUCAAUUUCAGACACAGCUUGUCAAAAAUGCUAAUCGCUAUUCAGUUAUGUUUCGGAUUUCAGUACCACAUAUUAAAGUGGCCCAGAUUGAAAUGGAUUCAAAGCAUUUUUUGCUUUUUCCACAGCUACAAACCUGUGUCAAAUUUAAAGUAAAAUGUUGAUUUUGGCCCAAAUUUACAUGCUGUUUAAACAUAAAGUGACCAGGUGUAAACAGGUAUAAAUUAUAAUGUAAGUUCAUUACUUAAAAAAAAAACAGCCACCUUUUACAUAGCAUUAACAUUCCAACACAUAACACAUCCUGUUACAUUUUUCCUUCUGUAACAUUUACCAGGUUUUCUUACAUAAGUGAUGUUACAGAAUGUGUAUAGAAAGAUGUGGGUGGAUACUGAUUGAUGUCAACCUUUUUCUAGGACUGCUGUAUGUUCCUGAUGUCCUGUUUUUCUAGGCUAAUGUACCAAAAGCCUUACCUCAAUUGUUGAGUCUUUUACUUUAUAUUAAUGCCUUAUUGUUGCUUUUUUUCAUUAUAUUUGGAAUUAAGUGUGUGCUCACCAGAGCUCAUGAGUUCUUACUUUUUAACAGUAUGUAUGAAAACAUUGUUCAAAGAACUGUUUAGUUAAUAUUUUUAAUACUAUUAUUAUUUUUCAUGGAGAAAAGAGCAUUGGUUCAAACAGAAUGUGCUUGUAAAUGCAGGGCUGAAUCUGUAAAAGGGAAUCUGAAAGUUACUGACACAUGACUAUAUAUAUGAUAUAAAUUUUGAUUGGUCACCUUA